GCUUGUGGUGGCGGGAGAUUUCAGAUAGAUUGGCCCAGCCGUGUGCAGCGGUUAAUGCGCAGUGGGCGUGGGACCGGGAAGUUGAGCCCGCGGAGCAAAGCCCCAGAUCAGGUCGCGACCUAGACCCGGGAAGAUGGAGAGGCACCGGGCGCGCGCUCUCGGCCGGGACAGCAAGUCGUCGCGGAGGAAGGGCUUGCAGUCCGCGCCGCCCGCUGGCCCCUACGAGCCCGGGGAGAAGCGACCCAAGUUGCAUUUAAAUAUUAGAACACUGACAGAUGAUAUGCUGGACAAAUUUGCCAGUAUAAGAAUUCCAGGGAGCAAGAAAGAGAGACCUCCCCUUCCCCACCUGAAGACUGUGUCUGGGAUCAGUGACAGCUCAUCACUGUCCUCAGAGACAAUGGAAAACAACCCAAAGGCGCUGCCAGAGAGUGAAGUCUUGAAGCUUUUUGAGAAGAUGAUGGAAGAUAUGAAUUUAAAUGAAGAUAAAAAGGCACCAUUGCGGGAAAAAGACUUCGGUAUCAAAAAAGAAAUGGUGAUGCAGUACAUUAAUACUGCUUCUAAGACAGGAAGUCUUAGAAGUAGCCGACAGAUCUCACCUCAGGAAUUUCUCCAUGAGCUGAAAAUGGGUUACACAGACGAGAGACUUUUCACGUAUCUGGAGUCACUCCGAGUAUCAUUGACCAGUCAUCCUGUGAGUUGGGUGCAAAGCUUUGGACACGAGGGACUCGGAUUAUUGCUGGACAUUUUGGAAAAACUAAUUAAUGGGCAAAUCCAAGAAAAAGUUGUGAAGAAGACUCAGCACAAAGUCAUCCAGUGUCUGAGAGCCCUGAUGAACACACAGUAUGGCUUAGAAAGGAUUAUGAGUGACAAGAGGAGUCUUUCCUUGUUGGCAAAAGCCAUGGAUCCCAGGCAGCCCGCUAUGAUGGCAGACGUGGUGAAGCUUCUGUCUGCAGUGUGCAUUGUCGGCGAGGAAAGCAUCCUUGAAGAAGUGUUAGAAGCCUUGACUUCAGCUGGAGAAGAAAGAAAGAUUGACAGAUUUUUUUCCAUUGUGGAAGGCCUCCGGCAUAACUCAGUGAACCUGCAAGUUGCUUGUAUGCAGCUCAUAAAUGCUCUCGUUACAUCUCCUGAUGAUUUGGACUUCAGGCUUCACCUCAGAAAUGAAUUUAUGCGUUGUGGAUUGAAAGAGAUAUUGCCAAACUUAAAGGGCAUUAAGAAUGAUGGCCUGGAUAUACAACUUAAAGUCUUUGAUGAGCACAAAGAAGAAGAUUUGAGUGAGUUUUUCCAUCGCCUUGAAGACAUUAGAGCUGAACUUGAUGAAGCAUCUGAUGUUUACAGCAUGUUAUGGGACACAGUUAAGGAAACUCGAGCAGAGGGACAUUUUCUUUCUAUUCUUCAGCAUCUCCUGCUCAUUCGCAAUGAUCGUUUUAUAAGAGAGCAGUAUUUCAAAUUAAUUGAUGAGUGUGUGUCACAGAUUGUAUUACAUAGAGAUGGAACGGACCCUGACUUCACAUACAGAAAAAGACUAGAUUUGGACUUAAGUCAGUUUGUAGAUGUUUGCAUAGAUCAGGCCAAACUAGAUGAGUGGGAAGAGAAAGCAUCCGAACAUUGCAAGAAAUUUGAAAAAGAGUGUACUGACCACCAAGAAACCCAGGCUCAAUUGCAGAAAAGAGAGGCAAAGAUUAAUGAGCUUCAAGCAGAGUUACAAGCUUUUAAAUCCCAGUUUGGUGCCUUGCCACCUGGUACAAAAAUUCCUUUGCAACCUUCAGUAGAAGGUGAAGCUGGCCCUUCAGCCCUUCCUCCUGCCCCACCAGCACUCAGUGGAGGAGUGCCGCCUCCCCCACCGCCCCCUCCUCCACCACCCCCACCACUCCCAGGAAUGCCAAUGCCAUUUGGUGGCCCUGUACCACCACCACCUCCUCUGGGAUUCCUGGGUGGGCAAAGCUCUAUUCCAUUAAACCUGCCAUUUGGUUUGAAACCAAAGAAAGAAUUUAAGCCUGAAAUCAGCAUGAGAAGAUUGAAUUGGUUAAAGAUCGGACCAAAUGAAAUGUCUGAGAACUGCUUCUGGAUCAAAGUAAAUGAAAAUAAGUAUGAAAAUAGGGAUUUGCUUUGUAAACUUGAGAACACUUUUUGUUGCCAAGAAAAAGAGAAAAGGAAUACAAAUGACUUUGAUGAGAAGAAAGUUAUUAAGAAGAGAAUGAAGGAACUUAAAUUUCUAGAUCCUAAAAUUGCUCAGAACCUUUCAAUCUUCCUGAGCUCCUUCCGGGUGCCAUAUGAGAAAAUCAGGACGAUGAUAUUGGAAGUGGAUGAAACACAGUUGUCAGAGUCCAUGAUUCAGAACUUAAUAAAGCACCUUCCUGAUGAGGAGCAGUUGAAGUCAUUGUCCCAGUUUAGAAGUGACUAUAACAGUUUGUGUGAGCCUGAGCAGUUCGCUGUUGUGAUGAGCAAUGUGAAGAGACUCCGGCCACGGCUCAGUGCUAUUCUCUUUAAGCUUCAAUUUGAAGAGCAGGUGAACAACAUCAAACCUGACAUCAUGGCUGUCAGUACUGCCUGCGAGGAGAUCAAGAAGAGCAAAGGCUUUAGCAAGUUGCUGGAACUUGUGUUGCUAAUGGGAAACUACAUGAAUGCUGGCUCCCGGAAUGCUCAAACCUUCGGAUUUGACCUUAGCUCUCUCUGUAAACUGAAGGAUACAAAAUCUGCAGAUCAGAAAACCACACUCCUCCAUUUCCUGGUAGAUGUAUGUGAAGAAAAGCAUGCUGACAUCCUUCACUUUGUGGACGAUUUGGCACAUUUAGACAAAGCUAGCAGAGUCUCUGUAGAAAUGCUGGAAAAGAACGUGAAGCAGAUGGGAAGGCAGCUUCAACAGCUUGAGAAGAAUUUGGAAACCUUUCCCCCUCCUGAGGACUUGCAUGACAAGUUUGUGAUAAAGAUGUCCAGCUUCGUUAUCAGUGCGAACGAGCAGUAUGAAAAACUCUCCACACUACUGGGCAGCAUGACACAAUUGUACCAGAGUAUAAUGGGCUACUAUGCUGUCGACAUGAAGAAGGUUUCCGUGGAAGAGUUUUUUAAUGAUCUGAACAACUUCAGAACUUCAUUUAUGCUAGCAUUAAAGGAAAACAUCAAAAAACGAGAAGCAGCAGAAAAGGAGAAACGUGCCAGGAUAGCGAAAGAGCGAGCAGAGAAAGAGCGACUUGAACGCCAGCAAGAGAAAAAGCGCUUACUAGAAAUGAAAACUGUCCACAGGAUGCUAACAGAACUUGAUCCGAGGAGACAUGGCAUUUGCAGUGUUCCAUCAAGUGUGCACCCCACCAUCGCAGGACACGUGCCUUGACCGUCAUAUCUGCCGAGAGCAUUGCUUCCUUGCAUUACAGUGAAGGGAUUGUGGGGAUGUUCCAACUGCUAAGAAGAAUCUGAAAGAUUGUUGUUCAAAGCCUUGUUCAGCAUUGCUGAUUCAUUUGUGGCUGAGGAUGGCAGAAAAUGCUGGUUUUGAGUCUUCUCUCUGUUAUGGCAAACUCUCUUUUUAUGUGAGUGUUAUCCUCCCCUAAGCCUAACAGAAACAGAUACUGGCUCGGCUUUAUCAUUCCUCAUCCCCUAAAGGAUAGGAAGAGAAGGCCAUGCAAUCUCUUAGCAGUGUUUCCAUCCCUAGAAUUAAAGGGAUGCCUUCGAGAGAGACAUCCAUUCCAUACUUGCUAAUGUAGGUUUCUGAGUGUGUGCAUGUGUGUGUGUGUAAUCCUGUAUGCUUUUACCUUACUACGGUGAGGAAUCUAGAACAAAAUAAGUUUUGAUAAACUUACCAGGGCCUUUGUAAAGUAUAAAUUUAUCUUACUUCACUAAUUACAUAGGCAGGCCUCUUUAAAAUCAUACAAAAUCAUCCUAUGUAUAGAAAAGGUGUAAGCAUCCCAUAGUUUCUUGAUGGAUCUCAUGAAGACAAAGUUUUUAUCCACCAUUAGCAGUGUCCUUUCAAUGUCUGCUGCUUUUAAUAUGGCAUGUUUCCAUAGCGAAUGUUCAGGAAACAUUUGUAAAAUAUGGAUACUUUUAUGUUUAAGGGACAAGAGUUCCUCAGUGGUAAUUGUCCUACUUAUGCUUUCCUACUGAAAAGUAACUUAGUCCAGUCAUAGGACAAGAUGGGACAUGUGUCAUGUUUGUGUUAUAUGUUUGUAUAUUGGAACCAAUUGGUAUUUUAUAGGCAAUACAGCUAUCUCAGCUGUGCAAAGAUAUAAUUUUUUUUGUUAAAAUCUGGCUCCACUUCUAAGCCACUGUGUACUCCCACUUGUCUGUAUGUGUCUAUAUGUCUCUUUGUGGUGUGUCUCUCUGUGUGUCUGUGUGUGUCCAUCAGUGUUCUUAGUAAUACCAGCAUGCAAUUCAAUUAUUCACGUUUGAUUGUGUUUGACUUUUGCUUCCAUUCCUUGCUUGCCUCCCUUCCUUUAGAGAGUUCCCAGGUUUGCAAGCCAUCUUGUGUCCUCUUCCUAGUUCCGUUCUGUCUGAGUCUGACACAGCGCCCCACUUUGACGUAUUUUCUCUUAACUGGUCUUGGUAAAAGAAGAUCAAUGUUUUCCCUUUGAAUGACAACCAAAGAGAUCUGCUUCUUUUCUCUUAAAUCGGACAGUUGAUGAUGAGUUGAAAUGAUGUUAGGGUAGAGCUGUGCAAAAGAUGAGGCAUAUUGUCCCCAUCCUAUGGGCACCAGCCCAGGGAGGCAGGACACUGUCUUACUUUGCUGUGAAAUAGAUGGCUCUGCACAGACGGACAGACAGAAUAGAGGUUGUAGACUAGAAGGAGGAAGAGCAAUGAAGAAGUUCUUGCAUUAGUGGACUGGUUAAAUGCAGAAGACAUGAACUAAGGAAGAAAGGAACUGGGAUACCUGAACUAAGAAAACAGGAUGGGUUCAAAAGAAAGUUCAGAAAGAAAAUGAAUAGAACCUUGGAGUGAGUUAAGUGUAGAGAGACAGAAUAAGUUCUUGACAGUAUGGAUGGAGUUUGUGUUUAGAACACAUUGAUUUUGUUUUGAACUGUUUUAAU